AUGACUGUUCGAGAGUACGAAGCGGAAUUCAACCGACUGUUGAAGUAUGGAGGCCACCUAGUGCCGACCGAGGAGUACAAGAUCCAGAAAUUCAUUGCUGGGUUACGUGCUUCUCUCAGGAGAAUGAUUGAGUGCCAUGAGUACCCUACGUUGAGUCGGUAUAUCAACCAACUCGACAAGGUGGAACGCAGUGAGAAGGAGAGGAUGGAAGCCAAGAGACAAGACCGUGGACCCUACAGGAGAGUGCCAGUCAACCGUCCCCCGGUGAGAGUUGGACAGACGAGUCAACCCCGCGACAAAGGAAAGGCUCCGGCGUAUCGUCCUACGACCCCGGCUCAGCCAAUACAAUAUAGGAGGCCAUGUGCAAAGUGUGGUCGAGACCAUACUGGGCCCUGUGGUAACACCAUGACGUGCUACCGUUGCGGUCAACCAGGGCAUUUUGCGGCGAGAUGCACUGCGAACAUAGCUCCCCAGACCAACAACAAGCCACCGCGUCCAGCACAGGGGAGAUCGGGUGUGGCUCCUAGAGUUUAUGCUCUCACAGCUGAGGAGAAUGUCCAGGAAGAGCCAUACACUGUGGAAGAGCCAUUUGCCGCAGAGCCAUUGACCACCUACGAAGCCACUGGGGAAGAUUACCAGGAGGAGGGUGAUGUUGCCGCUAUCACAGGUAUCAUUUGCAUACACGAUGUUGCAUGCUUCACUUUGUUUGACACAGGAGCUACGCAUAGCUUCUUGAGUGAGAAAAAGGCAGGAGAGUUAUCGAUCAUGGAGAUCGAUACGACUACACCUUUUAUGGUGUGUACACCUGCAGGACAGACUCUUCCAGUACAGGGGAUUUUGCAUUGCAUGCCCUUGACUAUCUGUGGGAGGAUGUUGACUGCAGAUCUUAUCGUCGUACCUAUCCGGGGUUACGACCUAAUACUGGGAAUGGAUUGGUUAUCGAAACAUCAAGCCCAGAUUGACUGUCGUCAGCGAACUAUUUGGUUCACUGAGGAGAACGGAGGAUUCGAGUUCGUUGGGAACAGAUCAAGGAAGGUGUACCCCAUUAUAUCAGCUCUGAAGGUUAACACAAAACUGGAAGAUACCGCUGUG